CCCGCAGGGACUUGCAGUGUAGCGCCCCGGUCCCGCCCCCGGCCCCGCCCCCGCCGGGGCCACCCCCGGCAUCGACAUGGCGGACAACGAGGGAGGCUCGGAGCAAGAUGACGUCUCGUUCCUCCGCACGGAGGACAUGGUGUGCCUCAGCUGCACGGCGACGGGCGAGCGCGUGUGCCUGGCGGCCGAGGGCUUCGGCAACCGGCACUGCUACCUGGAGAACAUCGCCGACAAGAACAUCCCGCCGGACCUGUCCCAGUGCGUGUUCGUGAUCGAGCAGGCGCUGUCGGUGCGCGCGCUGCAGGAGUUGGUGACGGCCGCCGGCUCCGACUCGGGCAAAGGCACGGGUUCCGGGCACAGGACUCUGCUGUACGGUAACGCCAUCUUACUACGACACCAGAACAGCGACAUGUACCUCGCCUGCCUCUCCACCAGCUCGUCCAACGACAAGCUGUCCUUCGACGUGGGUCUCCAGGAGCACUCGCAGGGCGAGGCGUGCUGGUGGACCGUGCACCCCGCCUCCAAGCAGCGGUCGGAGGGCGAGAAGGUGCGCGUCGGCGACGACCUCAUCCUGGUGUCCGUGGCCACCGAGCGCUACCUGCACACCACCAAGGAGAACGACUUGUCCGUGGUGAACGCGUCCUUCCACGUGACGCACUGGUCGGUGCAGCCCUACGGCACGGGCAUCAGCCGCAUGAAGUAUGUGGGCUACGUGUUCGGCGGCGACGUCCUGCGGUUCUUCCACGGAGGCGACGAGUGCCUGACGAUACCUUCGGGCUGGACGGAGGCGCAGGGGCAGAACAUCGUGGUGUACGAGGGCGGCAGCGUGAUGAGCCAGGCGCGCUCGCUGUGGCGGCUGGAGCUGGCGCGGACCAAGUGGGCGGGCGGCUUCAUCAACUGGUACCACCCCAUGCGCAUCCGGCACAUCACGACGGGCCGCUACCUGGGCGUCAACGACAGCAACGAGCUCUACCUGGUGCAGCGCGACGAGGCGACCACCGCGUCGUCCACGUUCUGCCUGCGGCAGGAGAAGGACGACCAGAAGGUGGUGCUGGAGGACAAGGACUUGGAGGUGAUCGGCGCGCCCAUCAUCAAGUACGGCGACAGCACGGUGCUGCUGCAGCACUCCGAGACGGGGCUCUGGCUCACCUACAAGGCGUACGAGACGAAGAAGAAGGGCGUGGGCAAGGUGGAGGAGAAGCAGGCCGUGCUGCACGAGGAGGGCAAGAUGGACGACGGGCUGGACUUCAGCCGCUCUCAGGAAGAGGAGUCGCGCACGGCCCGAGUCAUUCGAAAGUGCUCCUCGCUCUUCACGCAGUUCAUCGUAGGACUGGAGACUCUUCAAAUGAAUCGAAGGCACUCAGUUUUCUGCCAGUCGGUUAAUCUUAGCGAAAUGGUCAUGUGCCUUGAAGAUCUCAUCAACUACUUUGCCCAGCCUGAAGAGGACAUGGAGCAUGAAGAGAAACAGAAUCGACUUCGUGCAUUGAGAAACCGUCAAGACUUAUUCCAAGAGGAAGGCAUUUUGAAUUUAAUCCUGGAAGCGAUUGAUAAAAUUAAUGUUAUUACAUCACAAGGUUUCCUAGUUGCCUUGGCUCGUGAUGAGUCUGGGCACAGUUUCGAUAUAAUCUCAGCAUAUUUGUAUCAGCUGCUCGCGGCCAUUAUUAAAGGCAACCACACCAAUUGUGCCCAAUUUGCUAACUCAAACCGAUUAAAUUGGUUAUUCAGUCGUCUGGGGUCUCAAGCUUCAAGUGAGGGCACAGGAAUGUUAGAUGUGUUGCACUGUGUGCUGAUAGAUUCUCCAGAGGCUCUAAACAUGAUGAGGGAUGAACACAUCAAAGUUAUUAUUUCACUACUUGAGAAGCACGGAAGGGACCCCAAAGUUUUGGAUGUACUUUGUUCCCUUUGUGUUGGUAAUGGUGUUGCUGUAAGAUCCUCACAGAACAAUAUUUGUGACUACCUAUUGCCUGGGAAAAAUCUUUUGCUGCAAACUCAACUUGUUGAUCAUGUUGCAAGCAUUCGACCCAACAUAUUUGUGGGACGAGUAGAAAAUUCAGCUGUGUACCAGAAGUGGUAUUUUGAAGUCACAAUGGAUCACAUUGAACAAACAACUCAUAUGAUGCCUCAUCUUCGUAUUGGCUGGGCUAAUACUGCUGGAUAUGUUCCAUAUCCUGGUGGUGGAGAGAAAUGGGGUGGCAAUGGUGUGGGAGAUGACUUGUACUCUUUUGGCUUUGAUGGAGCCAACCUUUGGUCAGGUGGACGGAAAACUUUAGUCAUAGCUGGCGCUUCAGAACCUUAUAUUCGGAAAGGAGAUGUCAUUGGCUGUAUGCUGGACCUAUCUAUUCCUAUCAUUAGCUUUACCUUCAAUGGUAUGAGAGUACCAGGAUCAUUCCGCAAUUUUAAUUUGGAUGGAAUGUUCUUUCCUGUGAUGAGCUGCUCUUCUAAACUCAGCUGCCGGUUCCUACUUGGUGGCGAUCAUGGGCGUCUCAAGUACGCUCCACCAGAAGAUGAUUUCUCACCACUAGUGGAAAGCUUACUGCCUCAGCAGCAGUUGUCACUUGAUCCUUGCUUUUAUUUUGGAAACCUUAAUAAGAGUGUUUUGGCUGGUCCCUGGCUUAUUGAAGAUGACACUGCUUUUGUUCCAACCCCUGUUGAUACUUCUAUGAUUACACUUCCAAAUUAUAUUGAGAGCAUCCGAGACAAAUUAGCUGAAAACAUCCACGAAAUGUGGGCUAUGAACAAAAUAGAAGCAGGGUGGUCUUUUGGAGAAAGACGUGAUGACAUUCGUCACAUUCACCCCUGCCUUGUACAGUUUGCUCAGUUGCCCCCAGCAGAAAAGCGCUAUGAUUCUCAGCUAGCUGUCCAAACUCUCAAGACUAUUAUGGCUCUUGGAUAUCACAUUACGAUGGAUAAGCCUCCUGCUCGAAUAAAAACUGUCAGGUUACCAAAUGAGCCGUUUUUGCAGUCAAAUGGGUACAAGCCUGCACCCUUAGACCUGACAGCCAUUACUUUAACACCAAAACUCGAGGAGCUGGUAGAUCACCUUGCAGAAAAUACUCAUAAUUUGUGGGCCAAGGAACGCAUCCAACAGGGAUGGACUUAUGGUCUCAAUGAGGACUCAGAAAUGCUUCGGAGCCCACAUCUUGUGCCAUAUGGCAAAGUAGAUGAAGCAAUCAAGAAGGCCAACAGGGAUACUGCAAGUGAAACUGUCAGGACUCUUCUUGUCUAUGGAUAUGUUCUUGAUCCACCAACUGGAGAGGCUCAUGAGGCCCUGAUGGCCGAGGCUGGCCGUAGCCUGCAGGCAUCCUUCAGAACUUACAGAGUGCAGAGAAAUUAUGCUGUGAACACAGGAAAAUGGUACUUUGAGUUUGAAAUCCUGACAGCUGGUCCCAUGAGGGUUGGCUGGGCCCGUGCUGAUUGCAACCCUGGCUGCAUGUUGGGAAGUGAUGAAUACACAUGGGCUUUCGAUGGAUACAAUGAGGAGAAAGUUUAUAGUGGAAUGGCAGAGUCGUUUGGCCGCCAGUGGCAAGUUGGGGACGUGGUUGGGGUGUUCCUUGAUCUCAUUGAUCGUACCAUCAGCUUCUCUUUGAACGGUGAGCUUUUGAUGGAUGCUCUGGGAGGAGAAACAACAUUUGGCGAUGUGCAAGGAGAUGGAUUUGUUCCUGCAUGCACACUGGGUGUAGGGCAGAAGGCAAAACUCAUAUAUGGCCAGGAUGUGGACUCUUUAAAAUUCUUCACAACUUGUGGACUUCAAGAGGGAUAUGAACCUUUCUGUGUAAAUAUGACUAGACCUGUAACAUAUUGGUACACAAAAGACCAGCCUAUCUUUGAAAAUACUGAUGAUAUAGUAGAUUCAAAGAUUGACGUCACCAGAAUACCUGCAGGAUCUGACACACCACCUUGCCUCAAAAUAAGUCACAAUACUUUUGAAACAAUGGAAAAGGCAAACUGGGAAUUUCUUCGCUUGUGUCUGCCUGUUAUUUGUCAGAGCUCUUUUAUUGAUGAGAGUGAGAAAAUAAGACGCUGGCAGGAAAUCAAAGUAAGACAACACCGUCUCCUAACUGAAACAGAGCAGACAACCCCAGCACAUCUUGAACAAAUUAUGAAAUCUGGAUUCUCUCUGAGUGACAUCAAAGGUUUACAAAGAGGGUAUUCAGAGGAUGCUGCAGAACAUGAUGAAAUGGGAAGACCUGACAACUCUCCACCAACAACAAGCAAGUUAAAACGGUUGCCUACUAGGCCACCAAGGAAGGGCUCUCUGUCUCGUACCAACGGCUUUGACACAUUGGAGACUGGUAGCAAAAUGCAACACUCAACAAGUGAAAUAGAUCUUAAUAGAUUUGAUGGUAAGGACGCUGAUGCGGAUAAGAAAAAAAGAGGACGCUCUCCCUUCAGAUUGUUCAAGAAACGAGACAAGAGUGGGGACCGUCUGAAGAAAGCCAAAACUCCUGAGCCUCUGUCCUCAGGAGACCGACUGCAGCCCCCUGGCCGAAGUGGACCGGCCACGAACUUGGCUCGCACCAAUCCCCAAGUUAGAGUGUCUACAACUGAUCUGAAGGUGGUUCCUCCUGUUCAAGAGCGUGGACCCAAAAUCAUGUCAGUUACUCCUGCUACAGGGAUAGAGGCUAUUGGAAAUGAGAUCUAUGAUGCAGAUUGCCUCAAACUUAUCAAUGAAUAUUACUAUGGUAUUAGGAUCUUUCCUGGUCAGGAUCCCACUCAUGUGUUUGUUGGGUGGGUGACCACCCAAUUUCAUUUGCAUAGCAAGGACUUUAACCAAAGCCGUGUUCGCAAGGCUGAAGUUCAUGUCUGUGAUGAUUAUGACAGACUUCUUGAAAAAGUUGAGCGUCAGAGUUGUUACAUGGUCCGGGCUGAUGAGUUGUACAAUGAGGUAACUCAAGAUGCUUCAGGCAAAGGGGCCUCUCAAGGAAUGGUUGUUGGAUGUUCAGUGGAUACUGCUACAGGUUACAUAACAUUCACUUGUGAGGGCAAGGAAACUUCAUAUCGCUACAAGAUGGAACCAGAGACCAAAUUAUUCCCCGCAAUAUUUGUUGAAGCAACAAGUAAAGAAAUCUUGCAAAUUGAGCUGGGAAGAACAUCUACCACUCUUCCAUUGUCUGCAGCUGUUCUUCAGAACUCUGAUAGACAUGUGAUCCCACAGUUCCCUCCUAGAUUGAAAGUCCAAUGUUUGAAGCCCCACCAGUGGGCUCGUGUUCCUAAUCAGUCUUUGCAAGUACAUGCUCUAAAACUGUCAGAUGUUCGUGGGUGGUCUAUGUUGUGUGAAGAUCCCAUUUCUAUGUUAGCAUUGCAUAUACCCGAAGAAGAUCGAUGCAUUGAUGUUUUGGAGCUAAUUGAAAUGGAUAGACUUCUUAGUUUCCAUGCUCAUACUUUGACCUUGUAUGCUGCACUAUGCUAUCAAUCAAAUUACCGAGCAGCACACACAUUGUGUCAGCACGUUGACCAGAAACAGCUCCUAUACGCAAUACGUUCCGAGUUUAUGUCUGGUCCUUUGAGACAGGGCUUCUAUGACCUCCUAAUUGCACUGCAUCUGGAGAGUCAUGCUACAACAAUGGAAGUUUGCAAGAAUGAAUAUGUUAUUCCUCUGGGACCAGAGCUUAAGACCCUGUAUGAGGAUCCGGAUAUGUGCCAUUCUUUGAGAUCUCUUGACACACAAUCGAUUCAACCACAGAUGAAGAUGACUGACAUAGCGGGAAUGGACAGCAGUGCUCCUGGCAACGGUUUUGAUCCGAAGAAUAACCCUAUCCCUGUAGUGGAAGCGUCAGAGUCAUUGGACAACAUUCGUACUUUGUACAGUCCCUAUUUCCCUCUGGAUGUGGUUCGCAAUUAUAUUAUGCUGGCUUUACAUGAAGCUGUGGAAAUAAAUCAGGUACAUAAUCGGGAUCCUGUUGGAGGCAGCAACGAGAAUUUGUUUCUACCCAUUUUGAAACUGGUAGAUCGUCUUCUUCUUGUUGGUGUUUUGACUGAUGUUGAUGUAGAAAAACUUUUGAUCAUGGUGAAUCCUGAAACUUGGGAUCCAGCCUUUGAUAAAGAGGGAAAAGAUGAACAUCGCAAAGGUCUACUUCAUAUGAAGAUGGCUGAGGGAGCAAAGCUUCAGAUGUGCUACCUGUUGCAUCAUCUCUGUGAUAUUCAGCUUCGUCACAGGGUUGAAUCUAUCAUAGCAUUCAGUCAUGACUUUGUUGGGGACUUGCAGGGUGAUCAACUGCGCCGUUACAAUGAGAUUAAGCAAUCAGAUCUUCCCUCCGCUGUUGCUGCUAAAAAGACAAGAGAGUUCCGCUGUCCUCCUAAAGAACAGAUGAAUGCUAUUUUGUGUUUCAAAACCUUAGAAGAGGGUGACCAAGAAAAUUGCUCAUGUGGUGAUGAGUUACGAGUACGUUUGAAUGACUUCCAUGCUAAUUUGAUGAACCAUGUAUCUUUGAAAGCUUUACAAGAGCCUGAGGUUGUGGAGGAAGAAAAUCCAGAUGCACAGAAGACUGGUCCCAUAAAGAAGCUUUACAAUUUGAUCAAUGCUGUCAAAGAACUAGAAGAAGAGAAGCCACCAGAACCUGAACCUGAGAAAAAGACCCCAGAAGAAAUAUUCCGUAAGGUUUUAAUUAAAACUAUUGUAUCAUGGGCAGAGGAAUCACAAAUUGAAACACCGAAGCUUGUCAGAGAAAUGUUUAGCUUGCUAGUGAGACAGUAUGAUACUGUUGGUGAGCUUAUACGUGCUCUGCAGAAGACCUAUGUCAUCAAUACUAAAACCAGAGACGAUGUAGCAGACAUGUGGGUUUGUCUAGGACAAGUUCGGGCCCUUCUCCCUGUGCAGAUGUCACAGGAAGAGGAAGAACUCAUGCGAGAACGCUUGUGGAAACUAGUUAACAAUGCCACCUUCUUCCAGCAUCCAGAUUUGAUCAGAGUGCUUCGAAUUCACGAAAACGUAAUGGCUGUAAUGAUAAAUACUCUUGGCCGGCGAGCUCAGGCGCAGUCAGAUGCGCCUCAGGCUGUUGGUCAAGGUCAAGCAGAAGGAGAAGCUCCUGUAAAAGAAAAGGACACAUCUCAUGAAAUGGUUGUAGCAUGCUGUCGAUUCCUCUGCUAUUUCUGUCGCACAUCUCGUCAAAAUCAAAAGGCAAUGUUUGAUCAUCUCAACUUCCUCCUUGAAAACUCCAAUAUUCUUCUCUCCAGACCAUCAUUGAGAGGGUCUACACCUCUUGACGUAGCAUACUCAUCAUUGAUGGAAAACACUGAGUUAGCUUUGGCAUUGAGAGAACAUUAUUUGGAAAAAAUAGCGGUUUACUUGUCUCGUUGCGGUUUGCAAUCAAACUCUGAAUUGGUUGAAAAAGGCUACCCUGACCUUGGAUGGGACCCGGUAGAGGGGGAGAGAUACUUGGAUUUCCUUCGGUUUUGUGUUUGGGUUAAUGGUGAAAGUGUGGAGGAGAAUGCCAACCUGGUAAUUCGUCUUCUUAUUCGCCGUCCUGAAUGCUUGGGUCCAGCUUUGCGUGGAGAGGGCGAAGGCCUCCUGAGGGCUAUUGUGGAUGCAAACAAGAUGUCAGAGCGUAUAGCAGAAAGACGCAAGCAUUUGGAAAGUGGAGGUGGUGUAAACAAUGCUGGGGAUGCAAACGGUGAAUUGGAUCACCCAAUGCCAGAAAGUGAGGAAGAUGAGGACUAUAUUGAUACUGGCUCUGCUAUCCUCAACUUUUAUUGUACUUUGGUGGAUCUUUUGGGAAGAUGUGCUCCAGAUACAUCUGUCAUUGCUUUGGGUAAGAAUGAAUCACUUCGAGCUCGAGCUAUCCUGAGAUCUCUGGUGCCAUUGGAGGACCUUCAGGGUGUUCUAUCUUUGCGCUUCACCCUGCAAAGCCCUGCUCAGGGUGAAGAACGGCCAAAGAGUGAUAUGCCCAGUGGCCUUAUUCCUGGAAACAAGCAAAGUAUUGUUCUCUUUUUGGAACGUGUGUAUGGAAUUGAAACUCAGGAAUUGUUCUUCCGACUGUUAGAGGAGGCAUUUUUACCAGAUUUACGCUGUGCCACCAUGCUUGACAGGAGUGAUAAUUUGGAAUCUGAUAUGGCCUUGGCUAUGAACCGUUACAUUGGAAAUUCUGUGUUGCCCUUGCUUAUUAAACAUUCUGCGUUCUAUGCUGAAGCUGACAAUUAUGCCAGUCUGUUGGAUGCUACUUUGCAUACAGUGUACAGGUUGUCUAAGAACCGUAUGCUUACAAAAGGACAGCGUGAAGCUGUGUCAGAUUUCCUUGUGGCAUUGACAAGCCAAAUGCAACCAAGUAUGCUUCUGAAACUUCUCAGAAAACUAACUGUUGAUGUUGCAAAUCUUUCAGAGUACACAACUGUAGCUCUCAGGCUUUUGACCCUCCACUUUGAUCGAUGUGCAAAGUAUUAUGGGUCCACAUCCAUGGGUGCCUCCAGUGAUGAAGAAAAAAGAUUGACUAUGAUGCUUUUCAGCAACAUCUUUGAUUCUCUUUCCAAGAUGGAUUAUGAUCCUGAGUUGUUUGGGAAAGCCUUACCAUGUUUAACUGCAAUUGGUUGUUCUCUACCUCCUGAUUAUUCUCUGUCAAAGAACUAUGAUGAUGAGUUCUAUGGCAAAAACUCUCCAGCCUCCAGCCCAACUGAUGGGCCCUACAACCCACAGCCUAUCAACACCUCAAGUGUUGCCCUUAACAACGAUCUUAACACUAUUGUUCAGAAAUUUUCUGAACACUACCAUGAUGCCUGGGCCAGUCGAAAGCUUGAAGGGGGCUGGGUGUAUGGUGAGCAACGCUCUGACAGCAAUAAAUCUCACCCUCGGCUGAAGCCAUACAAUAUGCUAAAUGAUUAUGAAAAAGAACGUUACAAAGAGCCAGUGAGGGAAUCCCUGAAAGCACUUCUUGCAAUUGGUUGGAAUGUUGAACAUUCUGAAGUGGACAUGCCUAUGAAUACUCGAAACUCAGUAAGACGGCAUAGCAAGGGUAAUCCGGUAGGUGGUGAUAUGAUGGACUCGGCUACACCUUUCAACUACCACCCACACCCCGUUGACAUGACAAAUCUUACACUCAGCAGAGAGAUGCAAAACAUGGCUGAGCGCCUUGCAGAGAAUGCCCAUGAUAUUUGGGCCAAAAAGAAGAAAGAGGAACUUGUUACAUGUGGUGGAGCCAUACAUUCUCAGCUGGUUCCAUAUGAUCUUCUCACUGAUAAGGAGAAGAAAAAGGACCGUGAAAGGUCCCAGGAGUUUUUGAAAUAUCUUCAGUACCAAGGGUACAAAUUGCACAGACCGUCAAGAGGAACAGCGCAAGAGCAACAAGAACAGGCAGCUGCUGUUUCCACAGGAGAGCUGCGGUUUGCUUACAACCUUCUGGAGAAACUUGUUGCAUACAUGGACCGUGCCACAAUCAAUAUGAAACUGCUCAAGCCCUCUUCAAUCUUUAGCCGAAGAUGCUCUUUCAAAACAACUGGCCGUGAUAUUAAAUUUUUCUCUAAGGUUGUACUACCAUUAGUUGAGAAAUACUUCAGCACAAACCGCAACUAUUUUAUUGCAGUUCCAACUGCCUCCAACAACAUUGGGGCAGCAUCCCUAAAAGAGAAGGAAAUGGUAGCUAGCCUCUUCUGUAAAUUAGCCAGUCUUCUGAGAGUUCGUCUGGCAGCGUUUGGGCCUGAUGUGAGGAUUGCAGUGCGCUGUUUACAAGUCCUCGUGAAGGGUAUUGAUGCCAAGUCCCUGGUCAAGAACUGUCCAGAGUUUAUUCGUACCUCAAUGCUCACCUUCUUCAAUAGCGUUGCUGAUGAUUUAAGCCAUACAAUUACUAAUCUUCAAGAGGGACGCUACAGUCAUUUGAGAGGUACUCACCUAAAGACGUCCACAUCACUAUUCUAUGUGAAUGAUGUAGUUUUGCCAAUCCUUACUUCAAUGUUUGAUCACCUUGCGGCAAAUGAAUACGGCAGUGAUCUUUUAUUGGAUGAAAUUAUGGUUGCAUCAUACAAAGUUCUGAGCAGUUUGUACACACUUGGAAUCGAUGCCAAUCUUACACAUGACCGUAAAUAUUUGAAGACUGAGAUUGAAAGGCACCGACCUGCGAUUGGAACUUGCCUAGGAGCAUUCUCAUCUACGUUCCCAGUUGCUUUCCUCGAACCACAUUUGAACAAGCAUAAUCAAUUUUCUCUUCUGAAUCGUAUAGCAGAUCACUCCCUUGAAGCUCAAGACAUCAUGGCCCGGAUGGAAAAUAGCAUGCCAACACUAGAGACCAUUCUUGGUGAAGUAGAUGCAUUUGCGGACUCUGAAAAGACAUACAAUGAUGCUCCACAUGUCAUCGAUGUCAUUCUGCCCAUGCUGUGUUCAUACCUGCCAGUUUGGUGGUCUCAGGGGCCUGAUAAUGUGAGUCCUGCUGAAGGGAAUCAUGUCACUAUGGUGACAAGUGAACAUAUGAAUCAGCUUCUCAAGAAUGUUUUAAAGCUCAUUAAGAAAAACGUUGGAAAUGAACAUGCUCCAUGGAUGAUAGGAAUAGCUGCUUACACUCAACAAAUCAUCAUUAAUUCUUCAGAAGAGCUUCUCAAAGACCCCUUCUUACCAUUGGCUGCAGCUGUCAAGAAGCGAACAGACACAAUGUUCCACAAAGAGGAAUCAUUGCGAGGUUUUAUUAAGUCAUCUACUGAUGACACCUCACAAAUUGAGGCUCAGAUCCAGGAAGAUUGGCAACUUUUAGUUCGUGAUAUUUAUGCCUUUUACCCUCUUCUCAUAAAAUACGUAGAUUUACAACGUAAUCAUUGGAUGAAGCACAACAUUCCAGAAGCUGAGGAAUUGUACAACUAUGUUGCUGAUAUCUUCAACAUUUGGUCCAAGUCUCAAUACUUCCUUCGUGAAGAACAGAACUUCAUCUCUGUCAAUGAAAUUGAUAAUAUGGUCCUUAUUAUGCCUGCAGCCACUCGCAGAAAUGCUGUUGUACCAGAUUCAACUGCCCUGUCAGGUGGUGGAGGAGGCGGAGGAAAGAAGAAAAAGAAACACAGGGACAAGAAGAGAGACAAAGACAAGGAAAUCGCAGCCAGCUUGAUGGUGGCUUGCUUGAAGAGGCUCCUACCUGUUGGUCUCAACUUGUUUGCUGGCAGAGAACAGGAGCUGGUGCAACAUUGUAAAGAUCGUUACCUUAAGAGGUUGCCCGAGUAUGACAUACAGGAGUUUGCCAAGAUGCAAUUGACCUUACCUGACAAAAUUGAUCCAGGUGAUGAAAUGUCUUGGCAACAUUACCUAUACUCCCAGCUGGGCCAAAAGAGAGAUAAUGUUGCAAGCGAAAUAAAGGGUACGCAAGCCGAUGAACUUGUAGAUAGAAUUGUGGCAAUGGCUAAAGUUCUCUUUGGGCUGCACAUGAUUGAUCAUCCACAACAGCAGAGCAAGGGCACAUACCGCUCCAUGGUGUCAGCAUCAAGGAAAAGGGCUGUCAUAGCCUGUUUCAGGCAAACCUCUCUGCAUUCCCUGCCCAGGCAUCGGUCCAUUAACAUCUUCAUUCGUUCGUUCUGUGAGCUGUGGCUGCAGGAUGAGAAUGUGGGCCAGGAGAUCAUGAUUGAGGAUUUGACUCAGUCAUUUGAAGAUGCGGAAAUGAAGAAGCUGGACAAGGAAGAGGACCAGGGCAAACCUGAUCCACUCACCCAGCUGGUGAUGAAUUUCUGUCGUGGUGCAAUGACAGAGAGGAGCGGAGCGCUCCAAGAAGAUCCCUUGUACAUGUCGUAUGCUAACAUUGUGGCCAAGUCCUGCGGUGAAGAAGAGGAAGAGGGUGGUGGUGACGAGGAGGAGGAGGGUGGUGGUGGUGGUGAAGGCGAGGAAGGUGGAGCAUCCAUCCACGAACAAGAAAUGGAGAAGCAGAAGUUGCUCUUCCACCAGGCUCGGCUGGCCAACCGAGGAGUGGCUGAGAUGGUGCUGCUUCAUAUUUCGGCCUCAAAAGGUGUGCCCAGUGAAAUGGUGCACAUUACGCUUCAACUUGGAAUUUCUGUGCUAAGAGGAGGUAACAUUGAGAUUCAGAUGGGAAUGUUGAACCACUUGAAGGAAAAGAAGGAUGUUGGUUUCUUCACCUCCAUUGCUGGACUAAUGAACUCUUGUAGUGUUCUGGACCUUGAUGCAUUUGAAAGAAACACAAAGGCAGAAGGUCUUGGUGUUGGAUCUGAGGGAGCUGCGGGAGAGAAGAACAUGCAUGAUGCUGAAUUCACUUGCACACUUUUCCGUUUCAUUCAACUGACUUGUGAAGGUCACAACUUGGAGUGGCAAAACUACCUGCGUACUCAAGCUGGUAAUACGACAACUGUCAACGUUGUCAUUUGCACUGUCGAUUAUCUACUGCGUCUUCAAGAAUCCAUCAUGGACUUCUACUGGCACUACUCUAGUAAAGAGCUUAUUGAUACAGCGGGCAAAGCAAACUUCUUCAAAGCAAUAGGAGUUGCCAGUCAAGUUUUCAACACAUUAUCUGAAGUUAUUCAAGGUCCCUGCCCUCAGAAUCAGCAAGCUCUGGCACAUUCAAGAUUGUGGGAUGCAGUUGGUGGUUUCCUUUUCCUCUUCUCUCACAUGCAAGACAAGCUUUCCAAACAUUCAAGUCAGGUUGACCUGUUGAAAGAAUUGUUGAACCUUCAGAAAGACAUGAUUACUAUGAUGUUAUCUAUGCUUGAAGGAAAUGUUGUGAAUGGUACUAUCGGUAAACAGAUGGUGGACACCCUAGUAGAAUCAGCAUCAAAUGUUGAGCUUAUCCUGAAAUACUUUGACAUGUUCCUUAAAUUGAAAGAUCUGACAUCCUCAGCUAGCUUUAUGGAAAUAGAUCCCAACAAUGAAGGCUGGGUUUUACCAAAGGAUUUCAAGGAGAAAAUGGAACAAGGCAAAAGUUACACUCCGGAGGAGAUCGACUUUUUACUGGCCUGUUGUGAUACCAACCAUGAUGGUAAAAUUGACUAUGUAGCAUUUACCGACCGCUUCCAUGAGCCUGCUAAAGAAAUUGGUUUCAACCUUGCUGUUCUUCUCACCAACUUAUCUGAACACAUGCCUAAUGAACCAAGACUUGCCCGUUUCUUGGAAACUGCAGGCAGUGUACUGAACUACUUUGAACCUUUCUUGGGCCGUAUUGAAAUUAUGGGUGGAAGCAAGAGAAUUGAAAGAGUUUACUUUGAAAUCAAGGAAUCAAAUAUAGAGCAAUGGGAGAAGCCUCAGAUCAAGGAAUCCAAACGAGCUUUCUUCUACUCAAUCGUCACUGAGGGAGGUGACAAGGAGAAGCUGGAGGCGUUUGUUAAUUUUUGUGAGGAUGCUAUUUUUGAAAUGCAGCAUGCUAGUGGAUUGAUGGCUGUGGAUGAUGGCGGUGGCCCAGGCAGUGGUAAAGCUCGCAAGGCCGCUUAUAGUUACAUGGCAGAUGAAGAUGAAGAACGGAACGCUAAGGAUCCUUUCCGGCGCGGUUUUGGCGUGGUGCGUGACGGUAUCUAUCUCUUCUUUGCCAUGUUGUCUCCGACAAAUAUCAAGACUCAGAUCAGCCAUUUGAGUCACAUGAGUUUCUCGGAGGUGGUCAUUGGUUUCUUCAAGUCCAUCUACUAUGCUUUCUACUAUUCUGGAUACGGUGUAUAUUGCGUUCUCAGGUACUUUGCUCGUAUGUUGAUGGCAUUGAUGCGAGGACCCCAAACGGAGGAGGUGGUCGUUGAAGUGAAGGAAGAGGAGAAACUUGGUCCUUUGCGAGUCCUGCCAGCACUGCCUUCCAAGGAGGAGUCUCCAGCACCGCCCCUACCCAUUCAUGGCCAGCUUGCCAUAACACACGACGGUGAGGCUGGAGCCAAGGCUGACAGCAUUCCGCCCUCUGGAGAGGAUUCUGGUCCGACUGAGACGGACGGAGAACAUCGCAUGAGCACAGCAGAAAAUCCUGAGGAAGUGGCAAUGACAUUGGCUGAUCUGCUGGGUGGUGAUGCGGCAAGGAAAGAGGCAGCAGCAACUGCAGAAGUGGCUGCACAACAACAGGCUGUCAUGGCUGCUGUGGAAGCGGAGAACAAACAGGAGGCAGUGGUUGAGCCAUCCGCUCUUUCCCAGAUGGACUUUAACAGCUACACUAACAGAAUUGUCAGCUUCCUGGCUCGAAACUUCUACAAUUUGAAAUAUGUUGCUCUUGUUCUGGCCUUCUGCAUCAAUUUUAUGUUGCUGUUCUACAAGGUGACAACAAUGGGAGAGGAUGAGGAUGGCUCUGGUAGUGGGGCAGACGAUGGCAGUGGUAGCGGAAUGGACAGUCUCAUUUCUGAACUGUCCGGUUCUGGCUCUGGCUCAGGCUCUGGAGGAGGCAUUGCCGCUGUGAUUGGAGGCGGAGGCGGAGGUGGAGGCGGAGAAGGAUCUGAGGAAGAUGGGGGAAGCGGAGAGGAGGAAGAUGACCCUCUCGAGUUUGUGCACGUCAGUGAGGACUUCUUCUACAUGGCCCAUGUAAUGAGGCUCGCCGCUGCUCUGCAUUCAUUGGUGUCCCUUGCCAUGCUCAUUGCGUACUACCACCUCAAGGUUCCUUUGGCCAUAUUCAAGCGUGAAAAGGAAAUUGCAAGACGAUUGGAGUUUGAUGGCUUGUUCAUUGCGGAACAGCCUGAUGACGAUGACAUCAAGUCUCAUUGGGACAAACUAGUCAUAUCCGCAAAGUCCUUCCCUGUGAAUUACUGGGACAAGUUUGUAAAGAAGAAAGUAAGGCAAAAGUACAGUGAAACUUAUGACUUUGAUUCCAUCAGCAAUUUGCUUGGAAUGGAGAAAACUUCAUUUAGUGCUCAGGAAGAUGAAACUGGAAGUGGCAUAAUUCAUUUCCUCUUUAAUUUUGAUUGGCGGUACCAAGUUUGGAAAGCAGGUGUCACCAUCACCGACAAUUCAUUCCUUUACAGCUUGUGGUAUUUUACUUUCUCCAUCCUGGGCAACUUCAACAAUUUCUUCUUUGCUGCUCACUUGCUGGAUGUGGCUGUUGGAUUCAAGACCCUCCGCACCAUUUUGCAAUCCGUCACACACAAUGGAAAACAAUUGGUGCUCACUGUCAUGCUUCUUACAAUUAUUGUAUACAUUUAUACUGUGAUAGCUUUCAACUUCUUCAGAAAAUUCUAUGUUCAAGAAGAAGAUGACGAAGUUGAUAAAAAAUGUCAUGACAUGGCUACGUGUUUCGUAUUCCAUCUGUACAAAGGUGUCAGAGCUGGUGGUGGUAUUGGUGAUGAAAUUGAGGAGCCAGAUGGCGAUGAUUAUGAAGUUUACAGAAUUAUGUUUGAUAUCACCUUCUUCUUCUUUGUCAUUGUUAUUUUGCUGGCUAUCAUUCAGGGUUUGAUCAUUGAUGCCUUUGGUGAGCUGCGUGAUCAGCUGGACAGCGUCAAAGAAAACAUGGAGUCAAACUGCUUUAUUUGUGGUAUUGGCAAAGAUUACUUUGAUAAAGUACCUCAUGGGUUUGACACACACGUUCAACAAGAACACAACUUGGCUAAUUACAUGUUCUUCCUUAUGCACUUGAUCAACAAACCGGAUACUGAGUAUACAGGUCAAGAAACGUAUGUGUGGAACAUGUAUCAGCAAAGGUGUUGGGACUUCUUCCCUGUUGGUGACUGCUUCCGCAAACAGUAUGAGGAUGAACUGGGUGGUGGAGGUGGUUAACCAAUAUUUUGGAAAAAAUGUAUUUUCUCGAUGCACAAACAAUAAAUCCAUCCACA